AUUUAGGCCUUAUCUACUUCAUUGGAAGCUGAAGUAGUGCUUCGCACAGACUGUAGCUAAGAAAGAAAACCAUGGUGAGCCUCCCAAUUGCGUCUUCUUCGACCAUCACCUUCCCUCCAAAACCCCACAUUUCAAUCCCCAAAUCCUCAUUCAAUGGCGUCAGAAUCCAGCACCGUUGCACCAUUCGCGUGCCUCCCCAGGCAGCGUCGUUCCGGAACCCGGCCUCGUCGGUGGUGAUGAUGGCGAAGCGAGAGGAGGAAAUGAAGGAAAUCAGGACCAAGACCACGGAAGAAAUCAACGAGGAGGUGGUCGAACUCAAGGGUGAGCUCCUCAUGCUUCGCCUUGAGAAGUCUGCCCGCAACGAGUUCAAAUCCAGCGAGUUCGGUCGCAUGCGCAAAAGGAUUGCUCGCAUGCUUACUGUGAAACGCGAAAGAGAGGUUGAGGAGGGAAUCAAUAAGAGGUUGUCAAGAAAGCUCGACCGGCAAUGGAAGAAAAGCAUUGUUCCCAGACCACCUCCGUCCUUGAAGAAGUUUCGAGAGGAAGAAGCAGCAGCAAAAGCAGCUGCAGAAGCUGAGAAAUCUGCCUAAGCUGAUCCAGAAUAUUAUCACAAUGAAUAUGAUGUUCUUUCAUGGUUUAGAGCGAUGCAAUUUCGAUUUCAAGCUUUUCUUUUUCCCCUUCUUUGAGUGUAUAAUGCCUUACUGCUGGUAGUGUAAUGUGUUUUGCCCAACCCCCCCUCCAAUUGUUGUUUUCUUUUUUCAGGUUUUAUUUCCUGAAGUCUAAUCUCAUUAGAAUGUGGGAUGACAUUGCAAAAUCUAGGUUAGUAUUUCUUGAAAAUAUCGAGUAAAUGCUUGUUAUAUUGCUUA